CGGACAAGUCUCUUCCGGAUGCAUAUAUAUACUGGCUAUUGGUGUUCUGGGCUUUCACACAGUACUCUCAUCCUCUUGGGCAUCUAGAAAAUGGCGUCCAUCCUUGCCAAUGCCCUAGACACUGGUCAUCAUGUGCCGGGAACGGCUACCAGGGUCCAGCAUGCUCCAAAGUCCGGCGCGUCGUUUUCUUCAAACGAGCAUCCGCUCGACCCGUUAAGUCCCGACGAGAUCACUGCAAUUUCACUAGAAAUCCGGUCACAUGCUGCUGGAAAGAAUGGCAUCAAAGCUCUCAAAUUUAUCACAAGCAAUCUCAUUCCUCCACCUAAGCGGGAUGUAUUGGCAUUCCUCGGAGUCCCGCUUACGACAGGAGAGAAACCGGCGGCAGCACCACCCAGGGUUGAUAGACGUGCAGGAUCGGAUUUUAUUGACUUGAUCACGGGAGAUGCAUACAACGUUACCUUGGGCCUAAAGGAUGGGAAAUGGAUAGUAGAUACACUAACCAAGUUGCCAAAGGGCACGCAGCCUCAAAUUUCAGUUGAAGAGUUAGCUAUGGCUGAAGAUGUUGUCAAGAAAGAUGCACGCGUCAUUGCUCUUGUCAAGGAACUCGGUCUUGAAACAGAGAAUAUUGCUUGUGAUGGUUGGUCUAUUGGUUACGAUGAACGCUUCCCCACGAAUAUGAGAGUCCAGCAAGCGCUCGUAUUUGCGCGAUUCGGGACUCAUGAGAAUCUUUACGCACAUCCUCUCGACUUUGUUCCAGUCCUUGACUCAAAUGCGUGCAAGGUUAUCCAUAUUGACUUCCCUCCACACCGAGAUGCCAGUGGCAAAUUGUCUGUCUCAAACACACUUCCAAGGCCACUCGAAGAGGACACGUUAACUAACGCCAAGCGUGAUCGCAUUCCGGUUCCAACGGAGACGUUUGAUUUCCUGCCCGACCUCCGCGGGAAGAACUACAAGCCCAGAGAUGACAUCAAGCCAUUACAUAUCAUCCAGCCAGAAGGUGUCAGUUUCACGAUGAACGGCCAUGAACUCGAAUGGCAAAAGUGGAAGAUGCAUAUCUCAUUCCACCAUCGUGAAGGUAUAGUCAUCUCUACCGUUACUUAUAACGAUGAAGGUACUCUUCGUCCCGUAUUUUAUCGCCUCUCUUUGGCCGAAAUGAUUGUACCAUAUGGGGCACCUGAAUUUCCUCAUCCAAGAAAGUUCGCUUUUGAUGCCGGAGAAUAUGGUAUGGGUACGAUGGCGAACGACCUCUCACUAGGCUGUGAUUGUGUCGGAGCAAUCCACUAUCUUCCUGGAUGCUAUGUCGGGCACAACGGUAGCGCGAUUAAGAUCAAGAACGCUAUUUGCAUUCAUGAAGAAGACAAUGGACUUCUCUGGAAACAUACCGAUUACCGGCCCGGAGGUCGUUCAUUCGCAGCACGCAGUAGACGCCUUGUAGUUAGCAUGUGCUGCACCCUGGCCAACUAUGAAUACAUCUGGAAUUAUAGGUUCUACCAAGACGGCACAGUCGAGUUCGAAGUCCGCCUUACUGGGAUCCUGCAGGUCUACGUGGGAGCCGACAACGAAGCAAAUCCAUAUGGAACAACCGUUGCAAAGAACAUCAACGCGCACUAUCAUCAACACUUAUUCUCUCUUCGUGUUGAUCCAAUGGUCGAUGGUCUCUCAAAUAGCAUGCUUGAAUUAGACGUAGUACCUGCGCCGGGACCCACGGGCUCUGACGAGAACUUCGCAGGCAACGCAUUCACGACCGAAUCACGCAUCCUCAAAACGUCACUUGAGGGUAUGCGUGAUUAUUCGUUCGACCGCGACCGGCGCUGGCGUAUCGUAAAUCCCAACGUGGCGCCCCACUACUCUACAGGUGCACAGCCCGGGUAUGGUAUCGCUAUGAAGGGCGCUGUACAGACGCUCCUUGCGAAAGAGAAGUCCUGGAUACAGAAACGCGCGUUUUUCGGAACGAAGGCGCUCUGGGUCGUCAAGGAUAAGGAAGAUGCUGAUGGCUCGCGUAUCUAUCCAUCAGGGAAGUAUGUGCCGCAGACGCGUGAGGAGCCUACAGACUCACUCGGGUCGUGGGCCAAGGAGAAUGCGAACAUCGAUAACGAAGACAUAGUGCUGUAUCUUACAUUGGGUACGAAUCAUAUCCCGCGUCCUGAAGAUUGGCCAGUUAUGCCCUCGGAGCAUCUCAACGUGUACUUCAAACCACAGAACUUCUUCCGGACAAAUCCCUCACUUGAUAUUCCUGCUGCAAAUGACCCAAAGAGCUGCGCUGCAUUCUCGGAGGGACAGGAGUCCAAUUCUAAUUGCUGCGCAUAGUAAGCGGUAACAUACGGAACUUGUAUAUCAGUCAGUCAAACAAUCGUUUUGGCACGCCCUCUGGGGCGCUGUAGUAGUAUCCCUAACAAAGAUGAUAUGGAUUAUGAAUUCCAUCUAGAGGACCUUGUUGGUCCAGUGCAGUUGCUCCACAUGACUAACUAAUGACAAACUAACGCUAUCU